UUCAGAUACGAAGAAUCAACAAACCAAACAUAUACAAAAGUAACCCAUCGGAUCUUCAGCUAGACAGCGUAUGUGAAAAUGAAUACACACAAGCAACUUGCUAUUUGGAUCACUUUCUUCUUGAUUGGUGUGUUUGCCCUGGAAAUCCCCCCUGAGUAUCAACUGAAGUGUCGACUCUGCAACAACGCUCUUGAGCUAAGAGAUUGCACAAAGCAGGAGAUUUGCGACAACAGGACCGAGGAAUGUUAUAUGGAGCAGGUGAUUACAGACGCGUUUACAAUUCAGUACAGAGGAGGCUGCAAAUCAAGUACACACUGCAAUGGCGGUACAGCAGUUGCGACAGGAAAGCGGGAUGAGGGCAUCGUUUGCUCCCAAUGCUGCGGAUAUGCAAAUGAUUGUAACAGUCGCCUGUGUGGCAUUAGACAAGGUAAUAUUACCGCAUCCCAGUGCUACUUCUGUGACGACUCGAAAUCGGACCAAGCAUCGGUGUCUCGUCCGGAAGACUGCAUCACAUUCACAAACUGUGACACUGACCAAGUCUGCUCUGCGCACGAUGAAUACCACCCAGGAUCACACAUGACAUAUCGUUACGGAUGCAUGAACAAGGCUAUCUGCAAAACGUUGACGAGGGUACUUUUUCGAGACAUGGAACAUUGUCUGAACAGAACCUCGUUGGAAUGUAACCAUGAAAGUGUCAUGUGCGAUGUUUGUUGCGGGGAUACAGGCUGCAAUUACGGAGCGUGUAAAGAGAUAAAAGAGCGUCUGUUCCGCCUCUAUAAAAGUGGACAUUACAACAUGACAACACUCCAGACAACAUAGGCUACACACGUGAGAUCAGCGAAACCCACGAGUAUUUACGGAAUUAAAUGUUCUUUGUUAACAGUAUUUAAAUAAACCAAUAAAAUAAUGA